GUGCGGCGCUCGGCUCUUCGGGACUGAUCGGAACCGGGGUGAUCAGCUGCGACCAUGCCGACUGUCAGCGUGAAGAGAGAUUUGCUCUUUGAAGCCCUGGGGAAAACAUACACUGAUGAAGAGUUUGAUGAACUAUGUUUCGAGUUUGGACUCGAGCUGGACGAGAUCACUUCAGAGAAGGAUAUCAUAAGCCGAGAACAGGGCGAUCAGAAGGCGGAGGGCGCGUCUGAUGUUGUUCUGUAUAAGAUCGAUGUGCCAGCCAACCGUUAUGAUCUGCUGUGUAUGGAGGGUCUGGUCAGGGGUCUGCAAGUCUUCAAAGAGAAGAUUGAAGCUCCCCGGUACAAGCGGGUGAGUCCAGCCAAUGGGGGAGAGCCUCAGCGUCUGGUCAUAACUGAGGAGACGGCGUCUGUGAGGCCACACGCCGUAGCAGCCGUGCUGCGCAACAUCACGUUCAAUCAGGAGCGAUACGAGAGCUUCAUAGAGCUGCAGGAGAAACUUCACCAGAACAUCUGCAGGAAGAGAACUCUUGUUGCCAUAGGAACACAUGAUUUGGACACCAUCUCCGGUCCAUUCACCUACACGGCCAAACCGCCCGGAGAGAUCCGCUUCAAACCGCUCAAUCAGAGCAAAGAGUACACCGCCACUGACCUCAUGAGUUUCUAUAAGACCGACAGUCAUUUGAGACACUACCUGCACAUCAUAGAGAAUGAGCCUCUGUAUCCCAUCAUAUACGACAGCAACGGAAUCGUCCUAUCAAUGCCUCCCAUUAUCAACGGAGACCACAGCAAGAUUUCAUUAAACACAAAGAACAUUUUUAUUGAGUGCACAGCUAUGGACCUCACAAAGGCAAAGAUUGUGCUGGAUAUGGUAGUGACCAUGUUUAGUGAGUACUGUGAGGAGCCGUUCACGGUGGAGGAAGCAGAGGUUGUUUGUCCAGAUGGAAGAUCAUGUGUGUAUCCUGAGCUGGCUUACAGGACAGAGACACUCUCUGCAGACUUCAUCAACAAACAAGUCGGGAUCAAGUAA